CAUAUUAAAAAAAAAUUCUGAAGGAAAUUGAUGUUUCCAGGCUGAUCUACAGUAGAACGUUCUCAUGGAUGAAGGAGAAUUGCUUAAGAUUGAACUGGAAACAGCUGACAAAGUCUGUAAUGAGUGUGUGGCAAACUCCACCUCACUAACUUCAGAUGAAAAUAAAAAUCAGAUUUGUGAAGCACAGUUAGUGUCAUCAUCCAGUGAUAAAAUAAUGGGAGGCAAUGAGCAGGAUUUAAUCAAUAACAAUGAAGAAGACUGUGAAAGAACUGUCCUUGAGAUUACACAAAGUGACUGCUUAGGGACAGAUUGUAAUGUUAAAACAGAGGUUUCGAACAGCAGCACUAACCCAAAUACCAAACCUUCAGCGGAGAAAGAAAUGAUCUGCGAUUCAGAUAUACAUAGCACAUUGAAAGCCAUCCGUUCAGAUGAUUUAUCCAAAUGCAAGGGCAGUGAUGAGUUGGAAGUAAGUUGUCAGCAAGUUGACAGGGAAGGACUUCUCCAGGCUCUACUCAACUGCAUCCAGAAAGCUACAGAAUUAAAUGAUUGCAGUACCCUGCCACACCUUCUUCAUCAGACUGCCGAAAUCUAUUUUGAUGAAGAAGAAUAUGAGAAAGCAAUACAAUUUAUUCAGCUGGAAAAAUUGUAUCAUCAAAAAUUGUUGACAAAUCUUACUGCCAUUCAGGAGCAUUGGGAAGUGAAGCAGAAGGCUGCAAUGGCAAGGGAGACUUCAGAAGGAAAGACUGUUAAAUCAUUAGAUAAUGACAGAAUAAGGAAACUUACAGAAAUAUGUGCAUCACACUGUGGUAUGUCCACCAUUUGCAGUUAUAUACAUCUAGUUGAUUCAAAUGUUUGUGACUUUCAUUGUGUUUUUGGACAUUUCCUUUUGCUUAAUGAUUGACUUGGGAUUGUUAUUUCAGUUACUUUCUCGAUCCCAAACUGAGGGACUUAGAAAGUAACAUAAAAUAGGAGAGGUAGUCCAUUCAAUCCCUCAUGCCCACACCACCAUUCAGCAAGAUCACAGUUUGUCACAAUGGCAAGGUGGUGCACCAGUCAGUGCUGCUGUCUCACAGAAUCAUGGACCUGAGUUCAACACUGUCCUCGGGUGCAGUCUUUGGAGAGUUUGUUCAUUCUCCCCAUGACCAUGUAGAUGUCUUCCCAUGUAGAUGACAUAUCCCUACGUCUACCCUGUAUGGCCCUGUAAUAAUGUUGUUUGUUUCAGCGACAAUUCAGAUUCUGAUUCUUAAACCUGAUCAAUGUCAAAUAGUUGCAACAACGACAUUGCUUUAAUUAAGUCAAAAUGUUCCGAAUUGUGAAUUCUCACUUUGUAAGAGGUUGGUCAGAAAUAUGCUGAGUUAUGUGUGGCCUCUUUCUAAAAUGGAUUUUUGUGGUCUUGCUCUCAUUUAUGCUUUUUUAGUAAUAUUAUUACUUCAGCAUUGAUAAAAUAAAGUAUUUGUAUUAUUUUAAUAUUGAAAUAAGAAUAAUAUUGCUGGUAAUCUGAAAUAAAAUGCUUUAAAUUAGAAGAAUCCUUGAGGUCCAGCAGCUUUAAAAGUAGCAAAGUGUAUUUAUGUAGUACUUUUAAUAAAGUAAGAUGCUUUACAACAGCAUUAUCAAAUGAAAUUGAGACCAAGUCAUCCUAGGAGAAAUUCAAACAGAUAAACAGAUCAUAAAAGCUUAGUCAACCAUGUUGCAAGUUAAAAAGGAAUAAAAGAUAGAGAAGCAUUAAGGUUUAAUUUGGAAAUUCCUGGAAUUGAACCCCAAAGGCACAGCCACCAGUGGUGCAGGGAUUAAUAUUGGGCACAUUUGAGACAAGAAUUUAGAUGGAAAUGGAUAAUUCAGAAGUUAGUAGGUUUGAAGAAGAUUAUAGAGAUGAAGAGAAGCAAAGCCAUGGAGGUAUUUAAAAAUAAGGAUGAGAAUGUUAAAAUUGAGGUGUUGUUUAAUAGCUUCAGUGUGGACCAGUCAGAUCAGGAUUCAAGGGUGAUUGAGAUGGUGUAAGUAGCAACAUGACCUUUGAAUGACCUCAAAUCUACAGAAGGCAAAAUGGAAAUGGCCAGACAGGAGUGUCCUUAAAUAGUCAUGGUCACAAGUAACAGGCAGGGGCAAGAGUUGUGGUAGCAAGUGAGUGGAGGCAAAAGCAGAGUUGGGUGGAAAUGAGCAAGCUUCAUUAUGACAUAGAAAUAUAGUUUGUUUAUCUUGUCACCAAAUGUUGUGAACAUUCUCAAAUUUCCCGUGGAGUAUGAUAGGGUUUAUGGUGGAAAUGAAAGACAAGUAUUUUGACAAUACUGGAGGAAAUUUCAAUUGUCAUUCAAAGGAAAAGUCAAUAAACAUAGUAGUAUAGCAGUGGCUACCGCGAUUUGAAAAAUAAAGACACGAAUCUGUGAGUUGU